CCCAAAGUGCAAAAAACGAUUACUGUUUUGAGUCUGCUGCGAAGAUUGUAAUGGCGAGGUUUUCUGUGGGUGGAGAUGAUGAUGGAAACGAAGAGGGAUCCAGCAACAACAGACCCUUGCCCAAGAGACCCCGGACUUCCGUUCCCAUCGUAUACACCCUCAAAAGGGCCAGCGCCUCCUCCACGAAUUCCGGUGGCCGCGCCGCCUCCUCGAACUCCCAAAACCCCUUGUCUACUGCGGCUGCUCCUCAACCUCCAUCGGAGCGGGAGGUACGACCAGAGGAACGCAGUGAAGUAGAUAUAGAGUCUGAAGAGGAAAGCGACGAGGAAUCUGACUCCCAGUUGUCUGAUUCAUCGGAAGAAUCAUCCGAAGAAGAAGAAGAGGAAGAAGCAGAUCAGCUGAACCUGCAUACAGAAUUCGACUUUCAAACUGAUCCACAAAUAGAUUUGCUUUUUACUGGGAAUGGUACGGGUCGUGGGUCGGUGCCUGCACGUGGGGAUGCGCCAGCGCCCGUUUCCGUGACUCUGGUAGACCCGGAUGUGCUGGAUUGCCCCAUUUGCCUUGAACCUCUCAGUCCGCCCGUUAAUCAAUGCGAGAAUGGGCAUAUAGCGUGUGCAUCAUGCUGCAUCAAGAUGAGGAACAAAUGUGCAAGUUGCUGCUGGCCAAUUGGGUACAACCGCUGCAGGGCACUGGAAAAGGUUCUUGAAUCAAUCAGAGUCUCGUGUGGGAACAUGCUGCAUGGGUGCACAGAGUCAUUAAGUUAUAGUAAGAAACUUGAUCAUGAGAGGACAUGCAAAUACGCCCCCUGUUCAUGCCCCCAUCCUGACUGUAACUAUGUUGGUCUGCCUAAAGGCUUGUACACUCACUUCGCCUCAGAACAUUCAAGAUCUUCCACACAAUUCCGCUUUAACUAUGGGUUCCCCAUCUCACUGGACAAUAGUCAGACUCAUGCUUUCCUCCAAGAAAAGACAGAAAGUAUACUUUUUAUCCUUAACCGUUCUUUUGAGCCUCUUGGAAGUUUUGUCAAUGUUAUGUGCAUUGCCCCGACUUCAUCAAAGAGAGAAUUCUCGUAUGAACUUACUGCCAAAGAUGGAUUUAGCUCGAUCAAGCUAAAAACCAUAGCAGAGAGCAUUCCACAAUGGAUUACACAGCCUCCUGUGAAAAAAUGUGUUCUAGUUCCUAAUGACUUUAUAACCUCAGCUGGACAGCUCAAGUUGGAAGUAACCAUAUGGAAGGAGCGUGAAUUGCCAAUAUCCUUUUUCAAGUUUACCUCAGAUGGCAAGUAAUUAUAUAGAUAUAUGUACAUAAUAUAUCUAUCAGAACUUGUAUGUUAUCUAACUUGACCUCAUAGUUUCAUAGUCUUAUAAAGGCACCUUAGAUGGACGGACGCUGUUUAUUUUGUAGCAACUACAGGCUUAACUCAUAUAUUUGAUUGCUCUUACAUGGGUUGCUUUUGCUUA